AUGUGCACACCGUCAUUGAACUGUCAGCACAUGGCACCAGGGCACGAGGUGCGGGUGCGCGCGCGCCCGGACUCCGCGAGACUGCGGCGGCAGGCGCGCGUGCUGCUGGGGGCGGCGCCGCGCCCGUUCGUGCGCCCCGCCUAUUGGCUGACACAACACCAGCCACGCCCCACUACCGCCCCUGUGGACGUUAUAAUUUUUAGCGGUUUGUUCAUUUUGUUUAAACCUAGGGAUGGCGACAUUUGGCGCGUCAAAUUGCACCGUUUGAUCAGGCCUUUGUGCGCCUUAAGACUAUUAGGACAACAAGAUUACACGGGAGGCGCGCGCGCACCCGACCGAAGCAAUGCGAUUACAUCGCAAGCCCCCGAGCCUCGCCCCGCCGCGGCCCUCGCGUGUCCCCUCGCACGCCUUCCAGUCCUGCUCCAACCCCAAGACAUCACUACCCCUAUUUCUUGA